AUCAAGCUUCCCUGCCUUACCUCGACUAGCAGAGCGUCUGAAUUCUGCUACAGAUCCCAAAUAGGAGUCAGCUUGUAAUGCAUUUGCCCACCAUCUCCCCAGUUGUGGUUGCUCUGAGGUUUUAGCCAUGGUGGGGGUUCUUAUUUUUUGUUAAGAUUUUUUUAGAAGAAUUUCUUUCCCUUGGAGGUUUUUUUUUUCUUUGCCUUUUUAAACCAUACUUUUCCCUGAAGACUGCAGAAUCUCCAGGACCAUCCCCAGGGGUCCUGCUUUGCACUCCUUCAGCAUAGCCGAAGGUCUCAUCCUCCCUCCCCACUGCAUUACAGACAUUUGCAGCUCAGCAUUAUUUUCUUCAGUUCUGCUCUUGCAGUCAGGCUGUUCCAAGCCUAACCAGGAAAAGGCAUUCAGCAGUAAGGCUUACUCGGUGCUUUAUCUGCCUUUUGUCUGGUUUGAUUUUUGUGGGUAGAUGACAGGAUUUUGUCAGGCUAGACAGGUCUCUAGCCAAGUGUCUCAAACAUGCCACUAAUUAUUAAAAAAAAUAAAGUAUGUCAACUGAAACUCAGAUGUUUGGUGUUCAUCCAAAUCUUCACGCAGAAAUACCCACACACAAGCAGAAAUUACUGCAGUUACAUAUUAAACUAAAUGUUCAUUUCAGUUUCACAGGAUUAUGAAUUGCUCCAUAAUCACAUCAGUGGGAACUAGGUGAGAAUUAAAUAUUCUUUCACAUGCAUUUUUGCCUGGAAAUCAUCAGGAACAAGAAGUCCCUGACCUCAUUUAAAACUGCGUGCCUUUGAUUACAUGUGAUUUAUCUGCACUGGCAUAUAACUGGCUGCUUUAACAAAGCAGUUGUCUCAAAUGUUGAUUACAUACCCUGAAAACAUGAUGAAGUCCUUGCCAAGUCUUCACAUACUGCUAUAGUUCUUGCUUUUGGGGGAUGGUAAUUAAUAAAUAUAAUAGGUUACCUUGGCCAUGGUGAUUAAACUUUAAAUGCAGGAUUUUAAAGGAAGGCCAGCUACUGAUAAAUACAAAUGCAUUGCUCAGGUUUUCAGAAAAUGUUACGGUCCCUUACUCAAAAAGAGUCUUCCAGUGGCUCUCCUCUUAGAUAUCAAAACACUGAAACACAUGCAAUUACUUGUCCUUUAUGGUAAUAGAAACAUUUCUCCUGUCAUCGAUUAAAAAUGUGUAUUUAGUCUUUAAUUUAAAUACAUAUGUUCCUUUUAUGGUCAGCAGAAAGAAAGAGAAACUGAAAAGCAUAAUCCAUCCUCUCUUAAAACAGACCACCGAGACAGCUCCUGGAGGAGUGUCGUUAGUUGUCCCACAACCCAACAUCAACGCAACAGUGGCACAAAACAUCCUCCUCUCAGUUGAAUACUUUUGCAGAGGCAUUGCCACCAUUGAGUGGAAGCAUGUGUCCAGCUGGGGCACCACCAAAAUUGUUGAGUGGAAAAGUGGGAAUUACGUCAACAUAUCCACGGUCUACAAGGACAGAGUGACUACUUUUGAAAAUGGCUCCAUACAGCUUCUGAAUGUGGGCAUGAGAGAUGCCGGCUACUAUUUUAUCACUGUAACAGAGGAGUAUGGAACCAACACCUAUGGCACCAUCAUAGUCAAUGUUUACGAGAUUAUCUAUGAGGAUUUACAUUUCGUAGCAGUUCUCUUUGCAUUUCUUGCUGCAGUAUCUGCCAUUUUGAUUUGCUUCAUGUGGCUGUGUAAUAAAUCUCUGCAUCUAUUUCAGAAGAAGACGACAAACAAACUGACAGCGAGUACAACUGAAGAGAUUGAAUUGGAAACCAUUGAGUGUUAGCCAAGGACUGUCUCAUAACAAAAAUAACAAUUCUACCUCAGGAGAAAGUAUUGGCAAAGAAAGCAAGAAGAAACUAAAAGGUAAAAACGUUUGUGACUACUGUAGAAACAUCCUGACAUGCAAACUAAUUAGACAUUAAAUCAGCAGUGUCUGAUGGAGCUGUUUUGACCUGUUAAGUUUUUGACUCUGCUAGCUAAGGUCAAAGUAAAAAAAAAAAAAAAAAAAAAAAGUAUGCUUUCUUGCUGAGCACGAACGCAUUUUUGUGGCUAAUUAAUAAAAUCUACAGCCUCUUCCACUCUUAAAAAAACAACCAACCAACCAAGCCUGUAAGAUCAACCCAUAAAGGAAAUUAUCAUGGUCUUGAAGGACACCUGUAUUUUGGCUAUAGCAAGUCUACUAUUACAGACAGAACAGCCAUUAGUAUCCUUCAACAUAAUAAAUUUAAUGCCUAAUUACGGUAUUAAAUUAAAAAAAUUAAUUGCAAGGAUUGAAUCCUGCUUAUUGCGCCUAUGCUGCUACUUUUGGAUGUAAGGAACGUCCUGAAGCUCUGAAGACAAACUGCAAUUCUUCAUGAGACAAAAGUGACUUUGAAACAAUGCCAAAGCGUUCAAAGUUCCCCCACUUACGUUUCCAAAUGUUUACACUGCCCCAGGAUAUUAACACACAUUUUAUGACAUUGCUAGAGAAGGUUGUUAAACAAGGAAUCAUGUACAGGCACUGAAAAGGACCCUGUCUGUAACGAUUAGAGGGGUCAGAUAAAAUACACAUUGUACCAGUGGGAUGGCAAAAUACUAAACAGUUUUAUUGUGAAAGAUGUCAAGUCCUUGGCAAAAGUAGCCCACUGAUGAAGUCUGUCUGAGAAGGAAAGUUAAAAACAGCAUUACUUUGACACUCAGUAUUUACAAGUACAGUUCUGAAAUUGCUGUUAUAGAGAAGCCACCUUUGCUCUCCUGCGUUGUAAGAAAACACAAAGCGAUCUAAUGUUUUCUUGAACCUUCAUAUUGCACUUACAUUGUCCACCUGCAGAUCUGCAGGGUGAAAUAAUAUUUGCUUUUGUGAGUGAGAAAGCACUGAACUGACAACACUUUAAAAUUAUCCUGUGCUGCUUUUGUAACGAAUUUUGCAGUAUGAAAUAAACUUUGAACAUGUAAGAGACCA